AUGUUAAGCAAUCAUAUUGAUAGUGAAGAAUUGACUAGAGCAAUUGUUUCUAAAAUCCAUAAAACUCCUAUUUCUCAUAAUGAUGUAAAUAUAUCUCAAUAUGAUAGUGAAUCAUUGAUUCCAUAUUAUGAUAUUCCUAAGAACUCCACCGAUGGAAAAUUGAUUUCAAAGUACUUGAAGGAAGAAUUGUCAUUAGAUGGGAACCCAAUCUUGAACUUGGCUUCAUUUGUUAAUACUCAUAUCGAUAAUGUGGCAUUGGACUUAGUUAGUGAUAACUUGGUGAAAAAUUUAGCUGAUAAUGAUGAAUACCCCACAUUGAUUGAAUAUCAAGAAAGAUGUAUCACAAUGUUAGGAAACUUAUGGCAUGCUCCUAAGAAGUACAAUAAUUUAAAAAAAAGACAAUUGCCUACAUCUUUAGGAUGUCCUACUACUGGUUCUUCUGAGGCUAUCAUGUUAGCAGGUUUGGCCAUGAAACGUAAUUGGAGUAGUAAAAGGAAAGCUCAGGGUAAAUCUUGUGAUAACCCAAAUAUCUUAAUGGCUACUUGUGCUCAAGUUGCCUUAGAAAAGUUUGCUAAUUACUUUGAAGUAGAAAAUAGACUAAUUGAGAUUACCAGUGAAAGUGGUCAUUUGAUUGAUUUAACUAAGAUCAAAGAAAACAUCGAUGAGAAUACUAUUGGGAUUUUUGUUAUUAUGGGUUCGACAUUUACUGGAUCUUUUGAACCUGUUGAAAAGAUUAAUCAUCUUUUAGACGAUAUUGAGAAAGAAACUGGUCAUGACAUUAAAAUCCACGUGGAUGGGGCCAGUGGAGGCUUUGUGGCCCCUUUCUUGUAUCCAAAUUUGAAAUGGGACUUCAGAAAUGAUCGUGUGGUCUCCAUAAACACUUCAGGUCAUAAAUUCGGUUUAACAACUGCUGGUUUAGGUUGGGUCAUUUGGAGAUCAAUUGAAUACUUACCUGAAAGUUUAAGAUUUAAAUUAGAUUAUCUUGGUGGUGUUGAAGAGACUUUCUCCUUGAACUUCUCAAGACCUGGGUUCCCAGUUAUUCACCAAUACUAUAACCUUUUAACUUUUGGAAUCGAUGGUUAUACCAAAAUAUUCGAAAAUUGUCACAGAAACGCAAGAAUUUUAUCUAAAUUCUUGGUUGAAUCAAGUUAUUUUGAUGUUUUAUCAGUAAUUCAUGAACCUGCUAAGUCUGGGACUUAUUCAGGAACUGGAAAACCUUCUUAUAAUGAAAAAUUCGAACCUGGUUUGCCUGUUGUUUCGUUCAAGUUUUCUGAAUCUUUCAUUAAAGAUUAUCCUGAAAUUCCUCAAAGUAUUUUAUCUUUACUUUUGAGAAAUAAGGGAUUCAUUGUUCCAAAUUAUCAUUUACCUCCUAGUGAAAAUUCAACUGAAAUCUUAAGAGUUGUAGUUAAACAAAAUUUAAGUCUCAACUUGUUAGAAAAAUUGAUGCAAGAUAUCAUCAAAAACACCGAAUUGUUGAUUGAAAGUUGUAAAUCUGUUCGUGAUUUUGUUUCUUUACAAAAAACUGGAGAUUUAGACCAUGAAUUGGUUUAUGAUUUAUUAUGCUCAAUUGCUUCAAAUGGUAUCGAGGAAUUGAAAGAGAUCAAAUCUAAAAUUCUUGACGAAAAGAAGGGAAAGAAAGAUAAAAAGACAAGUUACAGAGGUGCUUGUUAG